UCUUUCUCUCUCUAGAUUUCAUUUCUCUUUCUCUCUCCAGAUAUCAUUCCUCUCUCUCCUCUCUAAGACAACUUGUUGACGAAUCUGAAUUCAAUCAAAGCUCUCUCUCUAAAUUAAACAGCUUCUUUGACGAAUCUGAUUUCAAUCAAAGAAAAACCAGAUCCCUUCUCUUGUAUAUAUAUAUAUUAUAAUCCGGAGAAGAAGGAAAUCUGGCUUUUGGCUGUAAAGGGGAGAAGCAUAAGCAGUAGCUCACAGAGCCUUAGCGAAAAGGGCCAUUAAAGAUCGUGGUCCACUACUUUCUGAAACCCUAACCAGACUCAGUUAGCUCUUUAUUCAUAUAUGCAAUGUCUUUGCGUUCAUUUACCAUUUAGGGUGAAGGGCUGAUUUGUUGCUGGAGAGAUUGGAGCCAUGUCGAGGAGGCAAGUAAACCCUAAUGCAAGGAGGUUUGCAGAGAGCUCUUCAUUGCCAGUUGCUAGCGCUCUGCACCAAAAAUCGCGGUCUUCUCCAUUGCUAUCAGUUGGCCUCAUACUCGUGGGUGCAUUCCUUCUUAUUGGCUACUCUUAUAGCGGUUCAGGGUCUAGUAGUGAUCGAGAGGCACUGAGUAAGGAUGGAGGGGACACUUCAUGCACUGCAGAAGUACUCAGAGCUAUACCUCUUAUGAGGAAAGUAUACGGUGAGAGUAUGCGUAAAGUAUUGCAUGUUGGCCCUGAUACAUGUGCAGUGGUCUCAAAGUUGUUGAAGGAAGAUGAUCUUGAAGCUUGGGGUGUGGAACCAUAUGAUCUUGAGGAUGCCAAUGAUAAUUGCAAGAGUCUUGUGCGCAAGGGCAUCGUGCGUCUAGCUGAUAUUAAGUUUAAUCUACCCUACAAGGAAAAAUCAUUUUCCCUUGUUAUUGUGUCAGAUGCGCUAGACUACUUAUCCCCAAAAUAUCUUAACAAGACCCUUCCUGAACUUGCCAGAGUUUCUGAAGAUGGGCUUGUUCUAUUUGCUGGUUAUCCUGGUCAGCAGAGAGCUAAAGGUGUAGAACUAUCAAAGUUUGGGCGGCCGGCCAAGUUGCGAAGCCAGUCUUGGUGGAUCCGUUAUUUUGUGCAAACAGGCCUUCAGGAGAAUGACAGUGUUGCCAAGAAGUUUGAGCAGGUUUUGAACAAAAAGGCAUACAAGCCGAGCUGCCAAAUAUUUCAUCUGAGUCCAGACCAUUAACGCCUGCCUCUUCCAUGAAGAAAACAGGCAUGUUUUAAGCUUUUGCCACCCUCUUAUGGAAGAGAAGGUUUAUGUUGGGUACUCGAUCGAAAGAGUACCCUGUAGCAUUGUUUGUUAUGUGUAGUGGGGUCUGGUUAGCACAUGUUUUAUUAUUUAGGGUUUAGCGGAGUUGAGCCCGAAAAAGGGUACCGAUUGGUGGUAGGGAAGAAAGAUUUUCUUAAGUUGAAUAGAUGUAGAUAUUCUUUGAAUUCAGUUUUGGGAACUUUCGAGGGUUUUCACUCAAGUGGUGAAAUUGGUCACUCAAAAAGUGAAACAUAAGGAAAUUUCUUUCUUGGCUACUAGAUACUGAUUAAUCAAGAUUACUUUUGAUAAGCAAUACUUUUGAUAAGCAAUACUUUUGAUAAGCAAAGUUUUCUAUC